AUGAAUUUUAUUCAGAUUCAAUCAUAUAUAGGAUUUUGGAUAGGUGCAGUUGUUAUGAUAUCUUUUCAUAAUUUGUUCAUUUCGGUGAUAAUGUACAAAGCUCGUCAAACAAAUACUUCGAAUAUGCUUAAAAUUAUUUUCAAUUUUGGUAAUAUCAUGCGUUAUGGAACUAUUCUCGGUCUUUAUAUGACACCAAAAAUAGCUACGCACACUCAAUGUAUUGCUCUUCUGGAAGUUACAAUGAUCGGAAAUAUUAUAGUGAGAUUAUCAUUAUCAGCGUCCUUGUUAUGGCGUUUAAGACAAAUACGUAACGUACAAAAUCAUAGGUUAGAUAAAUGGAUAAGUAUUAUAUUAUUUUCAAUAAAAGUUGCACUGUCGAUUCCAUAUCUUAUUUUUCAACGGGCAUCUACCGAAUACGUUCCUGAAGUCGAUGUAGUUAUUUGUGAUGUUGUCACUCCUAGUCCUCUACCUUAUGCUGUUAGUGGAAUUCUCGUGGAAUUUCUUAUCGAUAUAUUUGUAACUUUCCGCUUAGUUCAAAUAUUAGUCAGUGCUAAUAAGAAUGCUUUUCAACUAUCAACAAAUAUUAAAAGCAAACGAUCAUUAUUCACAGCUGUUAUGUAUUGGAAUUUCUUGCGAUUAUUCAUAUCUUUCAUCUUUCAUAUUCAAGCUAUUACGGAUAUUGUAAAAUUCUCUUCCGAAGUACCAUCAUUUACUGUAAAAGGAAUAAUAACUAUUGCAUUAUCUUAUGUAAUUACUACUGAUGCUGAGAUUGUUCGAAUCAUUGAGGGAAAAGAUAAAAAAAAAGUAUCAAGUGGUGGUUCGGCAGGAACCGAAAAAUCACUCAAAAGUAUACAUAGUUCUCAUUAUAAUAGUAACGAUCUCCCUAAAUAUUCAUCGCAUGCUCAAACCAGUUCAACUCACAGUCAAAUUGAAAACAAUAAAAUAGCUGUUGUGUCAAUGAAAAGAUUGUCGUUCUUUGAGUGGGCAAAUGUUGUAGUAGGGAAACGUCUCUGUAGAAAUGAUGAUGGAGAAGAAUAUAAAGAAGAUAAUAAAUAUGAUAAUGGGAAUACGGAAGAAAUAAUAGAUACUAUAACAGAAAUGUCAGCGCUUGAUGAAAAUCGUUGUUAUCCAAUAGUUUAUAAUUCUAUAACUCAUAAUUCCAUACCACGAACAAUUUUUAAAAAUAUAAAAAAUUAG